CGCUCCCGCCCAUCCCCAUCACUCCCAGUACACCAGAUUGCGCCUCUCUGUCUGUGUUGAAACGGGUAGGAGAAGGCAUCUAGCUAGUUGUGGUGCUACGUGCUCAUUUGUUCAAACUGAAACCUGCCGUUAUUUAGCAAAUAAUCCGACCGCACACUCUUGGAAAUCAGUGAUACAGACCGAAGACGCCAGAAGAAAACCUGAUGUUGAUCAUCAUCGAUUAUUUUACUACGUGGUUACCUGCAAUUUUUUUAUAGAGAUGUUCACGUAACGUUAGCUUUGACCAGCCGAUUUGAGCCGUUCGGAAUUUAAUCUAAAUUUACUGGUUAGCGAGCUACUCAUGCAGUGCUCCCUGUAUGGACUGCAGCUAGCCAUUUGACGUUUUUGUUAUAGUCAUUUUUAGAUUUUUAUUAAACACUGAUGCCCAGAUAAGCCAGAAACAUAACCUUGCGACGAUAUUCGGGGAAAUAACGUGGAAGUCAAGAUACAUUGCAUAUCCAUGAGCUCAGACUUCCAGCACUACAGCUUCAGAAUGCCGAACAUCGGGUUUCAGAACCUGCCCCUCAAUAUCUACAUCGUGGUGUUCGGAACGGCCAUAUUCGUCUUCAUCCUGAGCCUGCUCUUCUGCUGCUACCUCAUAAGGUUACGGCAUCAGGCCCACAAGGAGCUCUACGCCUACAAGCAGGUUAUACAGAAGGAAAAAGUCAAGGAGCUAAAUCUACAUGAGAUAUGCGCGGUGUGUUUGGAGGAGUUCAAACAGAAAGACGAGCUGGGGAUAUGCCCAUGCAAACACGCCUUUCACAGGAAGUGCCUCAUUAAGUGGUUGGAGGUGAGGAAGGUGUGCCCGCUCUGUAACAUGCCCGUCCUGCAGCUGGCCCAGCAGCAGGGUGGCGCCGAGGCCCAGGGUCCCACACAGCAGCCCCUGCCCGGCGUGGAGAACCUGGUCUAGCCCCCCUCCCCCCCCCCCC